AUGGCAUCUGGCUGCAAGAUUGGCCUAUCCAUCCUCAACAGCAACCUGGCCAAUUUAGGGGGUGAAAGCCUGUGGAUGCUGGACUCUGGUGCCGAUUAUCUGCACCUGGGUGUAAUGGAUGGGCAUUUUGUUCCCAAGAUCACCUUUGAUUACCCUGUGGUAGAAAGUCUCCGAAAGCAGCUAGGCCAGGACCCUUACUUUGAUUUGCAGAUGAUAGUGUCCAGGCCAGAACAGUGGGUAAAGCCAAUGGCUAUUGCGGGGGCCAAUCAAUAUACCUUUCAUCUUGAGGCUAGUGAGAACCCAGGGGCUUUGACUGAAGACAUUCAUGAGAAUGGAAUGAAGGUUGGUCUUGUGAUCAAACCAGGAACUACAAUUGAGUAUUUGACACCAUGGGCUAAUCAGAUAAAGAUGGCUUUGGUCAUGACAGUGGAACCUGGCUUUGGAGGGCAGAAAUUCAUGGACGACAUGAUGCCCAAGGCAGAUGCUAACAUGAUUGUGUCUGGCAGUGACAUUAUGAGGAGUAAAGACACCAGAUGGAUCAUCAACUUGUUAAGAAAUGUUUGCUCAGAAGCUGCUCAGAAAUGCUCUCUUGAUCGAUGA